AACUGUAUAUAAGCAGGAGACCAGAAUCCAACCCUUACUCUUCAUUCCUCCCUCCAGUCAACAACAUGUUUAAGUCUGUCCUUGUUCUGUUGGCUUCUCCUCUGUGUCUUGGUGCACCCCAAGAAGGAUUUGGUGAUGCUUCUGCUCAGGAGAUCGCAGAAAUCCGUGCCGGUACAUACCUUGAAACAUUUGAUGAGAACCCACAGUACAGCUUCAACUACAAAGUGGCUGAUGACACUGAACAGACCUACAUGGCAAUGAAUGAGGACAGGGCCGGUGACCAAGUGACCGGUAGCUACCAAUAUGUUGACCCUCUUGGAUCCCUGAUUAUUGUAUCCUACACUGCAGGACCCAUGGGAUAUACUGAGACAAGAGAAGUUAAGGAAGGAUUUGUCCAGAUCCAGCAAAGACCAGCCAAGCAGUCUUCAUCAACCUCUUCUUCCUUCAAUGGAGCCAGCAGUGGCUCCUUCAAUGGGGCUAGCAGUGGCUCCUUCAAUGGGGCUAGCAGUGGUUCAUCCUUCAGUGGAGCUAGCAGCGGCUCAUCCUUCAAUGGAGCCAACAGUGGCUCAUCCUUCAAUGGAGCCAGCAGUGGCUCCAUCAAUGGAGCUGGCAGUGGCUCAUCCUUUAAUGGAGCUGGCAGUGGCUCAUCCUUCAAUGGAGCCAGCAGUGGCUCAUUCUUCAAUGGAGCCAACAGUGGCUCAUCCUUCAAUGGAGCCAACAGUGACUCAUCCUUCAAUGGAGCUGGCAGUGGCUCCUCCUUCAACGGAGCUAAUAGCGGCUCUUCCUUCAAUUCCGCCUCUUCUUCAAAUAAAGGAUCUUCUACAUUUUCCUCCGGCUCAGCUUUAUCUUCAAAUACUGGUUCCUCCAGUCAAUCAUCCUCCUUCUCUGAUGAUAUUAUCUCUUCUGUGGUGUCCCAAGUUCAACCCCUCAUCUCCCAAACUGUAUUUUCAACCAUUUCUGGUUCAAGUCUCCCUGCUGUAACAACUGCUCGCCCCCUAUCCGUUCUUCCAGCAGCUCCUGCAGUCACUGAAGGAGCAAUUUCUGAAGAUAUUAUUUCUCAAGUUGUUGCUCAGUUAUCUCCGCUAGUUUCCCAGACUGUAUCCUCAGCUGUAUCUGGAUCAAACCUUAACUCUGGAUCCAGAUUCCAGGCUAGCAGACCUGCUCCUGUUCCCGCCCCACGUGCCCCCCGUCCCGUCCAAGCAUCAGCUUCUGCUUCCAGAAAUGUUGGCUCUGUUGCUGAACUGUUUGGUUCCGGAGGAGACUUCAACGUCAGAUUUAACACACCUAGCUUUAACAUUGAGUAUUAAACCUUAUUAUUUGUGAAUUUGAUGUGAACAUUUAUUUGUAUCAAAAAUCAAAUAUAUAUCUUUUAAAUUCGAAUAAAUUUUGAGAAUACUA